CCCGCGCCCGCUGGCCCCGGCCCACGCAACGCGGCGGCGGCGGAGGUGAGGGGGGCGGCCCGGAGGGACCGCUUGGUUACUCGGGACACCGCAGGUGGGCAAGUGCCUGGUUGUGGUGUGGUGAAAGCAGCACACAAUGGCUUACAGCGUGACUCUGAACGGACCUGGACCAUGGGGCUUCCGACUGCAAGGGGGCAAGGACUUCAACAUGCCCUUGACCAUCUCCAGAAUCACCCCUGGCAGCAAGGCAGCACAGUCACAGAUGAACCAGGGGGACCUUGUGGUGGCCAUUGAUGGAGUCAACACUGACAGCAUGACCCACCUUGAGGCCCAGAACAAGAUCAAAUCAGCCAGCCACAACCUGAGCCUCACUCUUCAAAAAUCUAAACGUCCAGUGCCAGUUUCAACUACAGCUCCUAGAAUUGACUCUCCCAGAGCUGUAAUCCCCCACCAGAAGGAACCUGCUUGGGAAAUCAAUGGCAACAGAACAACCUUCAGCCCUCUAACUAACACGGCGACUGGGCCUGUGGGUAGUGGUUUAGCAACCAAUGGAACGUUUUCAGGCUACCUCAACCAGCAAGAGAUCAGCUUUUCAAAUAGUUCUUCCUACUUAAAGACUACCACAGUUAGAUCUUCCAUGUCCUCUCAGUCUGUGACUCCUGACAUUUCACCUGCAAAGAGUACUCUAGGUUCCAAGCCAAGCCCCGUGCUGGCUGGUGGCAAUAGCCCUGCACACCAGCUGAGCCCUGCAAGGCAGUAUAACAACCCCAUUGGCCUUUACUCAGCAGAGACUCUCAGGGAAAUGGCUGAGAUGCAUAAAUUAAGUCUCAACCGAAGGGCUUCGGAAGGUGGACUUCCUAGAGGUACCCUCCCUCUUAAAGACCCUCACGUAGACAGUGCCUCCCCGGUGUAUCAGGCUGUGCUGAAAACUCAGAACAAGCCCGAGGAUGAGAGUGAGGACUGGAGCCGCCGCUCCGCCAACCUGCAGUCCAAGUCCUUCCGCAUCCUUGCCCAGAUGACUGGAACAGAGUACAUGCAAGAUCCAGAUGAGGAAGCCCUGAGGAGGUCAAGAGACAAGGAAAAUGUUGCAGCAGCAUCAGAAAACAGUCUAAUUAGUACCCCUGUCGAGCAUGCUCCGGUGUCUACCAGUUCUGCUGCUCCUGCACCACACGCUUCAGCACCUCAGCCUGCUACUGCUGCUCAAAAUCCAGCCAGCCUGAUGACACCACCAGCAACCACCUCACUAGUGCAGGAGUCGUUCUCCUCCUCCUUCCAAAGUUUCAACCGGCAUUCUUCCACCUCCAUCAGCUACCAGUCACAGAAGAGAAACACAAGCCAGUCAUAUACACCAAUACCAGUUUCUGGAAGCUACGGUGAAAGUCCUGCUGCUUCUGGUACUUCAAAACCAAGAGUUGUUACUACUGCCAGCAUAAAGCCCUCUGUCUACCAGCCAGCACCAGCACCAGCACCAGUUCAUUCCUACACUCCAGUCAACACGGAGCCUGCAAGUCGCCCUCCCUGGGUAACAGAUGACUCCUUUUCCCAGAAAUUUGCGCCUGGAAAAUCCACCACCACUGUCACAAAGCACAUCCUACCAAGGGGUGCUCCAGUGUCAUCUCCUGCCUCAACCUCUGCUUACCCAUCUCCAGUUCCAACUUCUUCCCAGCCUCCAAUAGCCCGGGGAACAGUUCAGAGGGCUGAGCGUUUCCCAGCCAGCAGCCGAACUCCUCUCUGUGGGCACUGCAACAGCAUCAUUCGAGGUCCCUUCCUGGUAGCCAUGGGUCGCUCUUGGCACCCAGAAGAAUUCAACUGUGCUUACUGCAAGACAUCCUUGGCUGAUAUGUGCUUUGUGGAGGAGCAGAAUAGUGUGUACUGUGAGCGCUGCUAUGAACAGUUCUUUGCACCAACCUGUUCCAGGUGCCACACUAAGAUCAUGGGGGAAGUGAUGCAUGCCCUAAGACAGACUUGGCAUACAAGUUGCUUUGUCUGUGCUGCUUGUAAGAUGCCAUUUGGGAAUAGCCUGUUUCACAUGGAGGACGGGGAACCUUACUGUGAGAAAGAUUAUAUUGCUUUGUUCAGCACAAAAUGCCAUGGCUGUGAUUAUCCUGUUGAAGCUGGAGACAAAUUCAUUGAAGCUCUUGGACACACUUGGCAUGAUACCUGCUUCAUUUGUGCUGUAUGCCACGUGAAUUUGGAAGGUCAGCCAUUCUACUCCAAGAAGGAUAAGCCUCUGUGCAAGAAGCAUGCCCAUGCCAUCAAUGUUUAAAAGAAGAGUUGGUAGUUGGUAAUGCUGGGGUAAAACAGAUGACUAACUGGGCAAUCAUAAAGUUGAUAACCAUGGCUAGCAUUUCCCUUGGUAAAAGCUAGGCAGUUGGUACUUCAGAAGUUUAACUUUAUCCUCUUUCAUAAAUGCAGAACGUGCUUUUUUUGCAAGGUUCACAUGAAAACCUACUGAAUGAACAGUCAAAACCAAAUGAACUAAUGAACUAGUCUGUUAUUAGAGCAAAAGUUGGGGAAAAUCUUGAAAUUAACCGAAAACCUUAAUAUAAAAAGUAAUGUGCAAAUACAGUUUCAAAUGAACUACCCACAGCAGUUUUACUGCUUAGACCACACACUGGUGUUUAAAAAAACCUGGAAAAAAUCCUUUUGUAGUAAGUCAUUUUCUUUCACAGCAAGAAUGAGUAAGUGCCAUAUGUACAGUCAUCUGUAGAACCAAAGGCCAUAGCUUUCAAAGGGAAAUAAAUAGAUUAGGGCUUCCUCUAUGAAAGUGAGUGCUAUUCCAUUAUGUUGUGGUGCUACCUCAUAGCAUCAGAUAUUUUAGAUUCUUUCCAAAUAAGAAGUCUGCCUUGAAUCCAUAUGUAGCUGGGAAGCCUAGGUGACAAUCCAUAACAGUUUGAAAAUGAAGUGGAAACGGAAUAACUCCUCCCAUAACCCAGUAAGAUUGAGAAAAGCAUGUUGGGUCAGCCUUGCCAGGGCACUUGGCUUAUAUGUGUACAGUAGAUCAGUUCACUUUCAAAUCAUAAUGGAAAAGGGACAACUGGCUUUCUCCAAAUUGCUCUGACAUUGAAUGGAAUAGAGCUAUCUGGAAAGGCCAACUUUUAAUUCAAAAUCAGUUUUCCUUUCCUCUUGAGAUAAAAAAAAUAAAUUCAAAGUCUCUUUGGAUUCUAAUUCCCGUUGAUACCAGAGGGAGGUAGAAAUCUACAUCUGGACCUUCACAUUGAUGAAUACAGAAGAAACACAUCCAUCUAGCACAACCAGGAAGUGGAAGAUUCCCUACUCUAUCUCACAUAAUUAGGAAAAUGCAUUUUUUUUUCCUAUAGUAAAUUAACAUUGAUUAAAAAUUCAUGAGGCAGCAGGCACAUGCUCUGUAUUACUUUUCUUAGUUUAAAUGCAACACAUCAUUAAUUGUAGCAGUAUUUGCCAUUGUAAAACAGUACCUAGGUUCUGACAAUUAGGAUAACCAUACAGCCACCUUUUCUAAGAACCAUACAGACAUCUUUCUUCUAAUAUUUUAAGAACAACUUUCAAGUUGCUCAAACAGUUAUUUAUACAACAUUUUUUUUUUUAUUUUUUUCAAAUGAGCAAAACUUGUAGUACUGAUAACACUUCUGAAUUUUUAAAUAGCAAUUACUUUUAUACUGGAGACAUCAGUUCUGUCUGAUGGAGUUAAGAUGGAAAGUCUGAUCACUGUUCAAGUUUUAUUAACUCGUUUAAGUGAGAAUUACAAUGUGUGUGCUGACAGCUUGCAGUACUGACAGUUUGGAAUUAGUAUUUCUGAGGCUGAGGUUGCAUUCUGUGGGCCACAUGCUGGUGCCAUCUACACCUAUUUUACCUUGUGCUUUGAGCAAGAAAAAAAUUACAUAACAUUAUCUGCCUUGCCCUUCCUAUGGGUAAUGCCCAUUUUAAGAUAUUUAUGUGUCUCUCAAGGAACGAAAAACUGUCCAAAGUUUGGGAGAGGAAUAAAAGAAAUUUGGAAUUCUAAUAUGAGAGUUAAGUUAGCUGCAGGCAGUUUGCAUCUUGGACAAAAAUAACAAACUGAACUGCCUGUGGCAGUUUUGACAUGUAUGACUGGUAUUUAUUCAGUAGGUAUCUUAGUUUUCACUGAUCUUAGCAGUGAUCUGACCUGAGUGCUACAGGCUCAGAUUUUUGUAUGCAUGAAUUAGUCUAAAACACUAGUACAUUAUAUGCAAAGCCUUUUUUUUUUCUAUAAGCAAGCAAAUUUUCUGUUUUCAGUCGGUGCUGGGCUGGUAUGAAUAUGGUUCCAUAGAUUACAAAAUCCAAAGAUCUGGCUCACAAUAUUCUCCAGAGGAAUAAAUAGUAAUUAUGGAAGUUAAAUAUUUUUUUCCACCCCUAAUUUGACUUCAUUAAAUACAUUUUCACAACAGUGAGAAAAUUCUAGAUUUCCUUUUCAUUUUUCAAUGUCAUUCUACAAAAUGAUGUCAUUAUCUGUUAUUUGAGAGAAUUCAUAUCAGCAUACUAUAUAUACUAAGACUGCAUUGAAGAUAUUCUUUAGACAGAUUUCUGUGUUACCCACUGACUGGGACUAGUCUCUGACUGCAACAUCAAAACAGGGAGUCAGGCUCCAUGGGAAGACACAAAAUGGUAGGGCUUGUGGUGGAAGCCUCAGGAGAAUUUCAGGAGGUCUUUCACCUCUGAUGUGCACAUGUGUGUGUGUGUGUCUCAUUCUCCCUCCACCUUCCCCCUCAAUGUCCCUAAAAGCUUCCCUGGCAGCGUGAAGGAUGAAGCAUUCUAGGAUAUGGCCAGAGCUGGAGGGCUGCAGCUUAGGCAGGGCUACAGGCUGGGAGAUGUUGUUGAUAGGCACAGUGUAGCUGAGACUGUCCCUUCUUGAAGUCCACUGAGGAGCCCAGACUGGCAGCUGGAGUUGCUGGCUUGGACAGGGCUGUGGGAGACGGGGCUUUCAGUGUGGGCAGGGGAAGGGGGGCUUGGGUCAGAGAAGGCAGAGCUCCUGCAGCAGCCAGAAUAUGGGGGCUCUGGGGACCUCUGGGUGAGUGUAAAAAGGUAAGGGAAGCCCUUCUUGAGGCUGGGGUUGGAGUGGGGGGAAUAGCCAGGUACGGCCGGUUUCACCAGGCUGACACGUUGGGUAGUUGGGGUGGGGCAGAGCGGGAACAGAGGUGGGGGCAUAGCCAGGAUGACUCACUACAGUCAGGGAAAGGGCUUGAAUUAAGAAAUUAGGGUACAAGUAGCUCACAAUAGCCCAGAGAGGUGCUGUGAGUAUGUACAGAAGAGGUGAGCGAGGAUCCAAUCCCAACGUACUAAACCUGAAGUCAGCGCUGCAGAAAAGUGAAUGCAACAUCCACAAGCAGAGCUGAGCUGAACUCGUGGGGUGGCAACAGCGAAAAUGCAGCAGCACAGACUUCAGUGGGAGCUGUACUGGCUUGAGAGAAUCCUGAAAAUUUCCUUCUCAAUGGGAGCCGUACUAACUUGAGAGAGUCUUGAAAAUUUCCUUGGGCAGAUAACCUGCACUGUAGCACAUGCCCUGACUCCAGCUGGUGUCUGAGCAAGUGAGAUUAAAGCUAGUUUACAUAUCACUAUAUGAGGUGCAGUGGUAUCUCUGAAUGAAGAACAGAGAUACCCUGAGGAUUAUCAUGUAAUAAAAAUUUCCUGUUAUGACUUGUGCUGCUUCAUAAUGUGGUCCAAAAAUAGGGAAUCCACGUACCCGCCCUUGAUAUCUAUAUUAAGAUAUAAUUUUUGCACAUAUCUGAAUCAGAAAUUUUUGAAUAAUGUAGCAUUUUAACUUUCACAGGGGUAGGCUACCACAUAACUGCUGAUACUCUUCUGCCACAUGUCACCUUUGUGAUAUGGAGAGUGUAAAAUGCAUAUAUAUAAUAUAUAUAUCUGAAAUUCAAAACAUGGCCUUUCAAUUAUCACCGAACAUAAUGUUGUACAAAAAUAUGCAAGGUUAAUAAUGUGUACUUGUUUAUGUUUUAUGUCUUGUAAUAGAUACCUAGGAUGAGUCCUAAGUUCCUCUGAAUAUUUCUUUUCAUUCUAAUUAAUGUGGGGGUUUACCUAAUAAAGCAAAGAUACUGUACCUCUGAAUGAUCAAUUAAAAAGACCAGUCUUUCAUCUAACAAAAAGUGUUCAAUAACUUUUCAGUCUAAGGCUUCAAAAACUAUCUUAAUGCUUUUCUCUCUUUUUGUGUUCUUUCUGAAGAACAAGGUAAAUUAAAUAUUUCCAAAGAGGACUGCUUUUAUUAUCUAGGCAAAAAAACCAGUCUUAGGACUUCUUUUUUUUAGAAGUUAAUUUUUACUAUAUUGGAUUCACACAUUACACAGUUCUAAAAUCAAUUCAAAACAAAGAAAAAUAUUUUUUUCUUUGGUCCUUCAGUGGUCAGUAUUUUGGGUGAAAUGUUUUAUUAAAGAUUAUUUGUAUUUAUGUUUAAUAAUGUGAAUUUCCACAGCACUGAACACACUUAUUAGUGUCUAAUGCUGGGCACGCUAAUGUUUGUUUGCCAGACUCGUCUCCUGGUAGCGGAUAUUAAUUUGUUUAGUAUUUAUAAACAUCAGAAUUUGAAACUGAGUGAUUUAUUGCCUGCAGUGAUCAUAUAUUAGAAGUCUAGGUUUUAUAAUAUAUUGACAUAUUGACUUGAUGCCACAAGUGCCCUUGCUUUUAGAUAUAUAUUUUUUCCUAAGUUUCUAGUUAUUUCAGAACAGAAUAUAGUGUGGUUUAUGAGAUGUGAGUAACUACCUUGCAUGGAUUAUCUGUGCCAAGAUGAAUAAAACAGUCUAGUAAUAAAAGCAAUGUGCAAAUACA